UCUCUUUUAAAGUAUGACCAGGUUCAGUGAACUCCAGUUAUUCAACUAAUCACUACAUUUUCCAGACUCCCCUGUAAAAUCAAAUAAAAAACGCAGGCAACCAAGGUAGCGUCUCUCUUCCGAAAGCAAAGUUAAAACGCAGAACACAAUACAACUACUGUGCACUCUAUUUUCGUUCAUUUUGUGACACCAUCGCUCUCACUAUGUCUUUCUCAGAGUUCAAACCGCUUAAUGAGAACACACUCAUCGAAUACAUUCAAUCCGUUCCGUCCCUCUCAUCAAUUCUUGGCAACAAUUUCUCCGACUUAUCCGUUAAAGAAGUUGGAGAUGGCAACCUUAACUUCGUCUUCAUUGUCUCCAAUUCCACAGGAUCCUUUGUGCUCAAACAGGCUUUGCCAUAUGUUCGUUGCAUAGGUGAAUCAUGGCCAAUGACGAAAGAGAGAGCGUAUUUUGAGUCAUUGGCGUUGAAAGAAGAGGGUCGAUUGAGUCCUGAUCAUGUACCAGAAGUGUAUCAUUUUGACCGUACAAUGUCUUUGAUUGGUAUGCGUUAUUUGGAGCCACCGCACAUAAUUCUCAGAAAAGGAUUCAUUGCUGGUAUUGAGUACCCUUUGUUAGCUCAACACAUGUCUGAUUUCAUUACAAACACACUCUUCUUUACUUCUCUGCUUUUCCGUUCUACUACUGAGCAUAAACGGGACGUUGCCGAAUUUUGUGGCAAUGUGGAGUUAUGCAGGCUUACUGAGCAAGUUGUUUUUUCUGACCCUUACAAAGUUUCUGAAUAUAAUCGCUGGAAUUCCCCUUAUCUUGAUCGUGAUGCUGAGGCUGUUCGGGAAGACAAUCUACUGAAGCUUGAAGUUGCUGAGCUGAAAUCAAAGUUCUGUGAGAGAGCUCAGGCACUAAUACAUGGAGAUCUUCACACUGGUUCUGUGAUGGUUACUCGUGAAUCAACUCAAGUUAUUGAUCCAGAAUUUGCAUUUUAUGGACCAAUGGGUUUUGAUAUCGGAGCAUUCCUGGGAAAUUUGAUUCUGGCUUUCUUUUCUCAGGAUGGACAUGCUGAUCAAGCAAACGAUCGGAAAGGAUAUAAGGAAUGGAUUCUCAAGACAAUUGAAGAUACUUGGAAUCUUUUCCACCAUAAAUUCACUGCACUUUGGGAAAAGCAUAGAAAUGGGGCUGGUGAGGCAUAUCUUCCAGGAGUCUAUAAUAAUCCUGAGGUUCAUCUGCUUGUACAGAAGAAAUACAUGACAGAUUUGUUUCAUGACAGUCUCGGAUUCGGUGCUGCCAAAAUGAUAAGGAGAAUUGUUGGUGUGGCACAUGUUGAGGAUUUUGAAUCCAUUGCUGAUGCUGGUAAACGGGCAACCUGUGAACGGCGGGCACUUGAUUUAGCUAAGAUGCUUCUUAAAGAAAGAAGAAAGUUUGAGGGCAUUUCUGAAAUUGUUUCAGCAAUUAAGCAAUUUUAAUCAUGACAAGGUUUUGAUAUAUCAACACCUCUCCAUUUUAUCUUUGUUUUCAAAUAUAUCAUCUCUUAGAUUUUGGAGUGAGUGCUGUAAGACAACUGUUUCCGUGUCAUAUUAUGUAUAGUGAAUAAAUUUUCUUGUUUCUUCUCCCUAGGAAUUGGUUCUGAUAACAUAACACUUUAUAAUUGGAGUACACCGCAUCAUUAAAUGUGUUGUUUGCGUAUUUCGUGUGAUUA